UGGAAAGGGCGGGGUUGGGCGUGCAUUUUCUGGCAGUCCGCGCGGAUGGCGGCGUCGGGUGCCGGGUGUGGGCCGGGAGCGCCCGUGGGCCUGGAAGCGUCCCGGCAGAAGCUCGCGCUGCGGCGGAAGAAGGUGCUGAGCGCGGAAGAGAUGGAACUGUACGAGCUGGCGCAGGCGGCGGGCGGCGCCAUCGACCCUGACGUGUUCAAGAUCCUGGUGGACCUGCUGAAACUGAACGUGGCCCCCCUGGCCGUAUUCCAGAUGCUCAAGUCCAUGUGUGCCGGACAGAGGCUGGCGAGUGAACCCCAGGACCCUGUGGCCGUGUCGCUGCCCACGUCGAGCAUGCCUGAGACCCGAGAGGCCUCCUUUCUCUCUGCCAGAAACAGUAGCCCCACUGCAAGGCCCUCCUUUUCCUUGUGCCCACAGCGUGCGGCCUCUCCGGUUCGGCUCCACAACCCAGCUGCCUCGCACUCGCCUCUCUCUCCAGGGCCCCCCAGUUCCCUCCGCUUCUCUUGCUGCCUGUUAUCUCCUUUUGCAGGGAGGAACAAAGGCAGCACUGCUCUCAGUGGAGCAGCAGCCCUGGCAGAACGUGGGGGACGUGAAGGAUCCAGCCAGAGGAUGCCCCGCCAGCCCAGUGCCACCAGGCUUCCCAAGGGGGGCGGACCCAGGAAGAGCCCCACCCGGAACAGCACCUAGGCCGUGUCAGAGACUUGACACACAGAGGUCUUCCAACAAAGGCUAAAAGGCCACAAAUUGUUUCCUUUGAUAAUAAAUCCUUCUGAAAGUGGAGGUUCCAAUCCA